GCAUAUCUAGACAUAUUUACAGUCGUUCAAAUAAUUUUUCGACCCAGGCUAUUUUCAUGUUCCCUCUGCGAUUAGCUAUUUGAACUGUGGCUUACCAGGAGCGGUGCAUUAUGGAAGUAUGUAUAUAUUGUAUAAAUAUUUCAAUUAUUAAGUGAAUCGGUAAGCUAGCUGAUUUGAAAAUUCGGGUCACCGUCCUAACCUAGAAACAUACCUUGAAAAUCAUUUAGAUAUUUAAUUAUAAUUUUCUACUUCAAACUAUGCAGUAAUAUAAUUGAUUUAUAUUGUUAAUUUUAAUUAAUGUAAUUUUGUUAAACAUAAACAAACAUGUGUCCCAAUAUUUGAUGUGAAACUGUACUCUUCUAAAUAAGAACAUAUGAAAGUUGGCACAAUAUGUCACACGUCAAUUGAAGAAGUGGAGAUUUCUUCUCAAAAACGGGAAUUCUGAAGUGUACCCAGUAAGCCUGAAAUUAGUAGAUGGUGAUAAUAUAAUGUAAAAAAGGAAGCAGAAUCAUCAACAUUACAGAGAUUUAGUGAGAGCGGUUGGGUUUACCCGUAAGUCUUAGUGCAUGGAAGAUCCGGUUUUUGAAAAAAUCACCCGAUUUACAGACCCAACAAAUCAAUGCCGCCUCAAAUUCUAAGUAAGCCUGAAGAUGUUCUUCGGAACUACAUUCUCUACCCAGAUUUGGAUAUUCACGACCCACAACCCGAAGUGCUGUUUCGAACGCCAGACGAAACAAACUUAUACCACUUACCGAGCUGUCCAGCUAGUACUACUUUGAUACCACAACGUGAAUAUGUUACAGGAAAAAUAGUUGAUUUUGUGGAGGUCCCAGUGCCUGAUGCCGGCUGCGAUGCUCGAAAUUCAAUGUCCUUACGGCGGGCACCGGGCCCGAUCGAAGAAGCCACGAGAGGCUCUGUCAUGAACUUUCCAUUUUGGCCUGGCGGAUUUGAAGAACCGGAAAAAAACAUCGAGUCCCUCGAAAUCGAUAAUUUUGAUUUUGAAAACGAUCUGCUUUCAAUUGCCCCUGGGUUCACUUCGGGUUUACAAUUUGAAAGCGGAAAAGGCAAGGCUGCAACUGCAGAAGAAAUAGAGAAAAGCAAGCAGGAUACAGUGAACCUAUUGGACGUGUUGCAGCAAGGAAACAGCGAGAUUGAUGAUUGGUUGAAAUCAACAAAACCACAAGAUGAAGAGAAAAAGGAGGACGCGACUCCGCUUAUUACUGAAAUUGAAAAGAUUUCAGAUGACAUGAUAAUUGCGCCGGACGUGCAACCUAUUCUUAAUAUAUCCAAUACCGAAAAUAUUAAAAUCAGGAGUUUAGAAUGGGCUGAAAUGAUUGAUAUAACUCAUCCGGUGACUGAUUUCUACCAGAAGAUACCGAACCCUGCAAUGACAUACCCCUUCGAAUUGGAUGUAUUCCAGAAGCAAGCAAUUCUUCUGCUGGAAGAGAGGAAACAUGUUUUCGUAGCAGCGCACACUUCUGCAGGUAAGACAGUCGUUGCUGAAUAUGCCAUCGCCCUCUCCCAAAAUCACAUGACCAAAACUAUCUACACUUCUCCGAUCAAGGCACUUUCAAAUCAAAAAUAUCGUGACUUCAAAGAAAAGUUUAAAGACGUUGGUCUUAUUACCGGUGACUUACAAAUAGAACCAACAGCCUCUUGCCUCAUUAUGACUACAGAAAUCCUUCGUUCGAUGCUCUAUUGUGGUAGUGAUAGCACUCGCGAUUUAGAAUAUGUGAUAUUCGACGAAGUCCAUUACAUAAACAAUGCAGACAGAGGUCAUGUUUGGGAAGAGGUCUUGAUUUUACUACCGGAACAUGUGAACAUAAUUAUGUUAAGUGCAACAGUACCAAAUACAUUGGAAUUUGCUAACUGGGUGGGACACACGAAAAAGCGAAAGGUCUACGUGAUUAGCACCCUGAAGCGUCCAGUUCCCUUGAUGCACCAUUUGUACACUGGUUGUGGUGGGAAGAGCAAAAACGACAUAUUCGUGAUUGUUAAUGAAAAAGGGGAAUUUCUCACUGAAAAUUAUAGAAUGGCGGUGGCUAAAAAGGAAGCAAAUGCCAAGGGUGGUAACAAAGGGCCACCGAAUCCAAAACAAGAUCAAACACUUUGGGUUGGCCUGGUGGAUUAUCUGAAAAGAAACGAUAAACUGCCUGUUGUUGCAUUUACGCUUUCAAGGAAUCGUUGCGACCGAAAUGCAAUUGCUCUACAGUCAUGCGACCUCAACACCGGAAAAGAAAAGAGUCUGGUUCGAAGCUUCUUUCAGCAAUGCUUGCAGAAACUUAAACCUCCUGACCGUAUCCUUCCACAAGUGACAUCUAUGCAAAGCUCUUUGGAACGUGGUAUUGGUAUACAUCAUAGUGGAAUACUUCCAAUAUUAAAAGAAAUUGUGGAAAUGCUCUUCCAACGUGGACUAGUAAAACUGUUAUUCGCUACGGAAACCUUUGCGAUGGGCGUGAAUAUGCCAGCAAGGACGGUGAUAUUUGACUCACACAUAAAAUUUGAUGGGAAUGAGCAGCGAAUGUUGGAACCGGCAGAAUAUAUACAAAUGGCCGGCCGUGCAGGUCGUAGAGGUCACGAUGCUAAUGGGACUGUAAUACUGCUUUGUAAGAAUAAAAUUCCGUCCGAUAUUGAGCUACGGUCACUGAUUCUUGGGCGCCCAAUGAGACUGGAAUCUCGCUUCUUGCUCACAUAUGCAAUGAUAUUAACUUGCUUACGCUUCGAAAAUGUAACCGUUGAGGACAUUAUGUCGCAUAGUUUCAAGGAAUUUCCAACUAAACAAAAACUGCCCGAAACCGAAAAACAACUGAAGUUAACGCAGGAGAAAAUUUCAACAUUAAAAGAAUUGGAUGUACGCUUGCAACCGCUUUGCACUUUUUAUGAUGUUGCCGUUGAAUACAGAAAGGAAAUGGAUCAAAUUAUGAAAUUGUUAAUCUCGCAACCGAAAAUCGCAAAGGAGUUGAAGAUUGGGAGGGUUCUUAUUAUUUCCCAGAGUCAUCAUUACAAUAAACUUGCAAUUUUACUGUCCGUCGUAGCGCAGUACGGUAAGGAGAUAGCAUUCAAAGUGUUGGUUUUAGAUCAUGAAAACGAAACAAGUGCCGAAGAAAAAGCAUUCACACUAGACCAGAAAGAAAGCCAGUCGUCAGUGAAUUUCCUUGAUCGUGGCGAAUUGUGGCACAAAAUGAUAUCUUUAACACCCCAGUAUAAACACUUCCAUCCGGAAGGAAUCGGUGGUCAUGCUGUGCUCAAGAUCGGUCCCACUGAUAUCGUUGAAAUCACUAAAAAAGAUAUUAAGGUUGACGCAGAUCUGAUACUGAAAAACUGGGAUAUGCGCCAAAUACCACGCUUUAAAGACUCACCUCCCGGACCCAGCGUUGUUAAAGCUGUCACGGACUUACACAAUCUGAACAAUUCAUACAUUGCUGAUCCAAAUUCACUGCAAUUCGUAAACAUGACGCAAGAAAUAAAUAUUCUGGGAAGCGACGGAACGAAUAUAGAUGUCCUGGAAACCAUCUCAUCUCUAAAACGUUUACUCAAGGAUGUAGUUCCUUAUACAAAUAUUGCCAAUUUCGAACACGAGUUCGCAGUAGUUUUUGAUAGAAAGAAUCUGGAAAAUAAAUUGGCCGAUCUCCAGUUCACGAUCUCCAAGAAAAGCUUGCAGUUGUAUCCAGAUUAUUGCAACAAAUUGCAGGUGUUGCGUGCUUUAAAUUAUAUUGAUGACCAGAAUGAAGUCACUAUCAAAGGAAAUGUCGCAUGUGGAAUGGGCCAAAACGAGUUGAUUAUAACUGAAUUGGUACUCUGUAACAUUUUUACCGAUCUAGAUACCGCCGAAAUUGCUGCAUUAUUAUCCAGUUUAGUGUUCCAAGCGAAAACAAAUGUAACACCUGCGCUGACUGAUAGGCUAAAAGAAGGAAUGGAAAAAAUUAUCGAGGUUGAUGAUGAAAUAACUAAACAAGAAAAAAUUUACAAAGUCACAUCAACCGAAGCAAAAACUCGACUAAAUUUCGGUUUAGUGGAAGUGGUAUAUGAAUGGGCCCGCAAUAAGCCAUUUGCAGAAAUAAUGGAGCUAACAGAUGUUCAGGAGGGAAUUAUUGUAAGAUGCAUCCAGCAAUUGGACGAAACGUUGCGUGACGUGAAAACGGCGGCAACCCGAAUCGGCAAUCCUGCGUUGCAAAGCAAAAUGGAAGAAGCUUCAAAUACCAUCAAAAGAGAUAUUGUAUUCACUGCGAGCUUGUAUACUACUUUGUAGACUUUGUAUAUUUGUUUGUCAAAUUACAUUGCCAUUAAAA